AGUGCUCGGCUUUGCAAACCAUGCCGAACAUGUAUCGGUAGUAGAAGAUAUAGGAGCCUGACAGUUUUUCCAAUUUCACACGCAUAAUUUCAUUUGCAUUAAAAUAUUAUUUCAACAAGCAUUGCGUAUAUAAAAAUGCCGUGGAAAGUUGGUGGAAAUUUCGAAACUGUGGCGGUAACAUGUGAGACAAAUUGGAAAGACUGUGUAAUCGCGGUGACAAAUUAUUUAUGGAGCGAGGUUGUAUCUGAUGUCGUAGAUUAUUUAGCAAAAGAAGGAAUUAUAUGGGUUUUAGCGAUAGCCAUCACUUCCACGAUACUUAUCCGUAUAAAAUAUUGCAAAAAUAUGCACACGAAACAUGCUGUGCUUAAUAAACAAAUACUAAAUAAAGUCGGAUAUAAAAUUCAGGAUCUGGAAUUAAAAAUCAAUGUUUUAACGUACAAAAUGCAAUAUGGAACUUGGCCAUUACCACAUCAAAUCUGUAAUUUAAAUCCGAAGCUGCGGAAGAUCAGAAUGACUGUAUCCAACCCAGGUGACCGAAAAAAUUGGCUAAAACACGUGCUGCUAAAUCCUUCAUCGAAGAGCAAAAUAUAUGCUCCUUGUUCAAAAGCGCUUCGUUCAUCAGAAGCAAAACUAAUGAAUCGUUUUGAUAUAAAACAAGAACAUGUUCCACAACAUAUUAAACACAGUGAAUUAUCAACAGCUUGCAGUAGCAUUGAAACUUUAAAAUCUACUAGUGACCAAUCUGUGAAUAAUAAGAAUUCAGAGAAAGCGCAAAAUCUUUGAGGUAACCUGUGCAAUCACUGAGUUAGCUUAUUUCGUUAGUGUAUA